UAAUAAACCUGUUUGGGGGCUAAUUUUAAGUCCUUCAACUUUGCCCGUCUCUCUCCUUUCCAGCUUCAAUAAUCAACAUCCUCAAACCUCCCCAAGUCCUCUCUCCAUUUUCUUCCUCUUUCUCUUCUCCAGCCAGCUACCCCAUUCGUUCUGAUAAUCUCCCUUUUUUUCUCCAUCUCACUCUCCUCGCCCCGUGGACCCCCUCUCAAUUGAUAGGAUCCUAGGACUUCUUCAGUUUACAAAAGCAAGGUGGUCUGGACCACGCGUUCUCACCUCCUAACUAACCAUUUCAAAUUUAAAAAAAAAUCAUAAAAAAACCCCAAAUUUAGACGUCUCCCGCAACGUCGUCUCACUUGGACUGUUUGGACCCAGCAAGGAAGGGCACAGCGCUUCUGCAGUUACCGGUUGGGGUGACUGUUCUGUUUGCUGGACGGACGUCGAAUUAAAAAGGAGGCCCCGUGAGACAUUUAUUUGAGCUUGAAAAAAAAGCGGUCUUGGGGAUAGGAAAUCUGCUAUUCUAGUCCCGGUUUCAAACCCUGGGUUUUGUCUUUUUUGCCCUUUUCCUGAUCCCGGCCUUCCGCUGUGUCCGCUUCUCGAUAUUUUCCGGAGCCUCCGUUCGUCCCAACCCCCCCGGUCGCAAACCCGCACACCCACCUUCAAUAGUCGUAAUCCCUUCCGAUCAUCCCGUGCCUAUCUCGAUAUGUUGCUCCCAAAGGGCGGUGUUACGUGGAAAUCGGCCAAGGCCAGAUUGCCUCCUGCCAGGGCUGUGAUCUCGCUGGUUUCCCGACCUCGAUUUAUCUUUGCUUUCGCCCUUACGGGUAUGGUACUGCUGCUAUGGAGAGGAAUCUGGAGUUCUGCGACGGAAAUGCAGAGUUUCUACUGCUUUGGACCCUCAAAGUCCCCGGCGAAAAUGACACCCAAUGAGAUGGUCGAGUGGAAUUCACAUCUCCAAACACCAGUAUUAUUUAACCACCACGAGCCGUACGAAAUUAACUCCUCCACCAUCCAAAAUAUUGACCUUAAUGUGAUCAAAUCAACCACCAAAGCCGCGACGAACAACGAACGUGUCCUCAUUGUCACCCCCCUCCGAGAUGCUGCCCCUUAUCUCCCCAAAUACUUUGAUCUGGUCAGCGAAUUGACCUACCCACACCACCUUAUCGACCUCGCAUUCUUGAUCAGUGACACGACAGAUGACACUAUGGCUAUUCUAGCUGCUGAGCUUGAACGGAUACAAAAGGCUGAGAAGACAGCCUUCCGUAGUGCUAAGAUUAUCCAAAAGGAUUUUGGGGUGGAUCUGAGCAUGGAGGUCCAUGAGAAGCAUAGUUUUGAAGCCCAAGGCCCUCGGCGGAAGGCAAUUGCGAAAGCCCGGAACUUCCUGCUCAGCGCUGCGUUGAAACCGGACCACUCGUGGGUUUACUGGCGCGAUGUUGAUAUUGUCGAUAGUCCGAAGAGAAUUAUUGAGGAUUUCGUCGCUCAUGACAAGGAUAUUCUUGUGCCCAAUAUCUGGUUCCACCGGUACGAGAAUGGUCGUGAUAUCGAAGGAAGAUUUGACUACAAUUCCUGGAAAGAAAGUGAGAAAGGCUUGAAGCUUGCCGCCAGCCUUGAUAAAGACACCAUCCUAGCAGAGGGAUACAAGGAGUUCGACACUGGCCGCAAAUACCUUGCUGGAAUUGGUGACUGGAGAAACAACAAAGACGAGGAGGUGGAGUUGGAUGGCAUUGGAGGCGUCAAUAUUAUUGUCAAGGCUGAUGUGCAUAGAGCUGGCAUCAACUUCCCCUGCUACGCUUUCGAAAACCAAGCAGAGACAGAAGGCUUUGCCAAAAUGGCGAAACGCGCCGGCUACCAAGUGGUCGGAUUACCCAAUUAUGUGGUUUGGCACAUCGAUACGCAGGAGAAGGCAGGAAACCUGGGCAGCCGACCGGCCUACUGAUUAACACCGCGACAACGACAACGACGACAACCUCAAACAACUCCAAACAACCUCAAAACCCUAAACAAUAAUGAUAAACAAUAUUAAUAAUAAUAAGGGAACGGAAAUGUGACAUUACUUCCUUCUUUCUUUGGCUUUACCUGAUCCGCAAAGCCGCAGUUUUUGGACUCCCCAUUUUUAUUUUACGAAACCGUCCGCACCUACCCACCCCCAACCCCCUUCAGCGCAAACGCAAAAGCGACCACAACUCUAACAACAUUUUUCUUACUAUUAGAGGUACAGUAGAAUACAACAUUUUCAACACCUUUCCUUCCGCCGCAUUUGGUUGUUUCAGCUCCAUUCGAUACACCAUAAAGCUGUUGCCUGGCGGGUGUUUUAUGGAAGGAUGGCCUCAAAAACUUGUGGCGAAAUUAAGGGGCGGGGGAAGAAAAGUUACAAAUCAUUAUAAUUGACGUCGACGGUAAUACACUUUUCCCCCCUUCAUGUUUUAGUUCUUUUGGCGGUUUCUUCUAUUGCGCAACUUUGUUUUAGACCAGAUGUUUAAUGGGGGAGACGAAGACGAAGACGAAGACGAGGACGAGGAAUCAAAAAGAGAAUCAGUCAUUCGUGGCUUGUUUGAGCUGGUAUAUGUAUAUUUAUCCACAAGUUAUUUUGGUUGAAGCUGACAUUGCAUGCGUCCUUUGCCGUCCUCAUCUGUCAUUUUGUCUGUCUAUUCGUCUUCCUUCCCCCUCGCCUUUUUGAUGCCUCUUUGCCCAUCAUCUAUAUUAAUUUACUCCUCACAUUUGUUUUCUUUUCUUCUUCCCCCUCCCUUCAUUUCAGUUUUGUUCUCAUUUUCCCUUCUCGUUCCAUUUCUUAUUCUUUUUUUUUUCUUUUUUCGUUUUUGAGUUCUCUCUUCUCGUCUGUUUUCUUCUACAUCUUUCUGCUUUCUUUUUGACCUAAAAACUUUAUUAUUUCUGGCGCUUCGGGGGAAACAGGCAGGGGUGUUCGUUUUCUUUUUUUCCCUUUUCAUUAUAUAUAUUUUAAAAUAUCUGUUAGUUUUAUUCUUUGUGAGUAUAUUAUGUUAUAUUAUUUUUCUUCGACUUCACAUUUGAAUGAUAUUGUACAAGACAUGUGAUAUUCAAUUUUCUCACAUCUCUCUCUCUCUCUCUCUGUGACAGCUUGAGAUAGA